AUGAAGGACCACUUCGCGCAGUGUGACUGGCCGAUAUGGCGUGUUGACGAUUUGACGCCGUGCUUCAAAUCUCAUUAUCUAAGAAUUCUCUUACCAGUAAUUGUAGUAGGACUAUCGGUGCUACAAAUCGUCUCCUACAAUGUCCGGCGAGCCGUCAAGGCGAGACGAAAUUCCGCUUACCAUCGCAUCCCGGAUAGCCACCCCAACACUGCCGAAGCACAUACUGGAAUCCCUCCUGAUGAAGAGGUUGGAGACGAAGAUGAGGAUGACGAUCUUCUAGAGAUCAACGGCGGCCGUUUGGCCCUCGUCAAGACAAAUACCCGGGGCUCCGUGGUCCAAGCUGACAACCCUCCCGCCGAGCGAAUCUUUGUCGUGGUCGAGCUCUUCGCCAUUGCGGGCCUCGUCGCCAUCAAUGCCAUCUCCUGGUCUAUGGAACUGGUAGUGGUAGCGGUAGCGCACGCUUCGGUUCUCUCGUUGGUCCUCUCCUUCACUGAAUUUGGCCUCGCCUCAAUCCUCUUCUUCAUGGCCAUCAACACCCGAAAAGGCAACAAGACUGUUUUGUUGGAAUGGGAGAAUGGAAUCGAGCCUUCACGAGAACCCCUAGCGUCGCUCUUCUCCCUCGCAACCUUUACUUGGGUUGAUCCUAUUAUUUGGAACGGCUUCAAGAACACGACGGAAAUGUCCAUGGUGUGGAACCUCCUUCCCAAGGACAAGGCCGCCUCCGUUCUCGCUGAUUACCGUACCAUGAAGAGAACCACCUCGCUGGCCGUUCACCUGCUCAAGUACUUCAAGGGUCCCCUCGUCUACCAGUCCCUCAUGGCCGCCGUCUCCGGGGCGCUCACCUUCGCUCCUACUCUGCUCCUCAAGGCUAUUCUCGAGUAUGUAGAGCGUCCUGAGGCCGCGCCCAUGAACGUCCUCUGGCUCUACAUCAUCCUCCUUCCUCUAGCUUUGCGACGCAAGGCGGCCACGACCAAAGACACAGUUCUCGGAGAGGAGAAGAAGAGCAAACCCGACGAACCGGUCGCCCAGGAAAACGAGGGCGUGAUUUCCAAAGCCAAGCGCGCGCUCGGAUUGAAGAAGAAGAAGAACAAUAACAGCAAUGGCGAUGAUUCAGCUACCACUUCCGACAACGGAGAUGACAAGAAGGAAGAGCCCGUCAAUGAUGAACAAGCAAACCUCGGUACCAUCAUCAAUUUGAUGUCCGUGGACAGCUUCAAGAUUGCCGAUAUCACUGCCUAUCUCCACUUCCUUUGCGCCAUGGCUCCCAUCCAACUCAUCUUGGCCGUCGUUCUCCUCUGGAGGGUCAUGGGCCUCAGCUCUAUCCCUGGCCUCAUUGUCAUGGUCAUCCUGCUUCCCGUCAACUAUCUCUUCGCCCGCGGUUUCGCCAAAACCUCCAAGAGGAUUCUUACCGCCACUGACAAGCGUAUGAACGUUACCAACGAGGUCCUCCAGAAUAUCCGCAUCAUCAAGUUUUUUGCCUGGGAGUCUCGGUUCAGCACCAUCGUUGACGAGAAGCGCGCGGUCGAGCUCAAGGCCCUCCGCUCGAGAUAUAUCCUCUGGGCAUGCGCAGUCGCCGUGUGGAAUUCGGUUCCCAUUCUCAUCACCUUCUUCUCCUUCCUCGUGUACACCAUGGUCGAAAACAAGCCCCUCUAUCCCUCGGUUGCGUUCACAGCCAUCUCACUUUUCAUGCUUCUCCGCAUCCCUCUUGACCAGUUCGGUGACAUGAUUGCCCACGUACAGGAGACCAAGGUCUCGCUCGAUCGUGUCGAGGAAUUCCUAACUGAGGCGGAAACAGAAAAGUAUGAGCAGCUCGGCAAGGAUAAUGUCGACGAGAAUGGCAACAAGGUUAUCGGAUUCAGCGAUGCCACUUUCGUCUGGGGUGGCAAGAACGAAGUGAAGCAAGACGGUUCCAUGAAUUUCCGGUUGCUCGAUCUCAAUGUCAAGUUCGAAAUCGGCAAGCUCAACAUCAUCUCUGGCCCCACCGGAGCCGGAAAGUCUUCCAUGCUGAUGGCCCUUCUCGGCGAGAUGACCCUGAUGGAUGGCAAGGUCUUUUGCCCUGGCGGCAGGAGCCGCGAGGAUGUUCGACCUGACCCCGCCACCGGCCUCGCGGACACCAUUGCGUAUGCGGCGCAGAGCCCUUGGCUUGUUAAUGCGAACAUCAAGGACAAUAUCCUCUUCGCCGCCCCUUAUGAUGAACAGCGAUACAAGGACGUCAUUGUUGCCUGCGCUCUUGAGCGUGAUCUCGACAUCCUAGACGAAGGCGAUGAAACCCUAGUAGGCGAGAAGGGUAUCUCGCUUUCUGGUGGCCAAAAGCAGCGUAUUUCCUUGGCCCGCGCGCUCUACUCCAACUCCCAACACAUCCUCCUUGACGACUGUUUGAGCGCCGUCGACUCCCACACAGCCAAAUGGAUCUUCCACAACUGCAUCACGGGCCCGCUCAUGAAGAACCGUACUUGCGUCCUUGUGACGCACAAUAUCCAGCUUUGUGCGCCAGCGGCAGACUUUAUCGUGGUCCUAGAUAACGGUCGCGUCGUCGCUCAGGGGUCAGCGGAUGAUGUAAUUGAUUCCGGCAAGCUUGGAGAGGAUGUCCAGAAGACCAAGCCACCGUCUCGCGACGCCUCUCGCGUGCCUUCGCGAGUCCCGUCCACCCUUGGUGAGCAGAGCGGCGAAACCGUCAUUGAUAACAUCGGAGGUGUUAGCGCCAUUAAGCCUGAUACCGACAAGAAAAAGAAGGAAAAGAAGCAUGCCAUGGCUGAGAAGAAGGCCGAGGGCUCCGUCAAGUGGCCUGUCCUUAACCUGUACCUUCAAGCCAUGGGACCUUGGUGGUUCUGGGUUGUCGCUCUCGUCGUCUUUACCGUCCAGCAAAUGAGCGCCGUCGUAACCAACUUCUGGGUCCGAGAAUGGAGCAACCAGUAUCAGGUCGAGGAGAGCUCCGGCGGAUCCGGUGGCUUCUACGCCUCAUCCUUCUCCAUCAGGCCCCACGAAGUGUCUUCCAGCGCCCUAUCGGCCCACUCGGCCCAAUCCGCCGUCGCUUCGUGGGUCCACAAGGCUAACUCGGUUACCCUGCUCUCCGUUGUCGCGCCUGAGGUCAACGCUCUCUACUACAUUGCCGUGCUCGCCCUCAUCGGCGUCGCGGGCGCGGUUGCGGCCUUCAUCCGAGACACUUGGCUCUUCUACGGCUCGCUGACUGCCUCGCGCAAGAUCCACACCGACCUCAUGCAGUCCGUCACUAAGGCCAAGUUCAAGUUCUUCGACGUCACACCGCUCGGCCAGAUCAUGAACCGCUUCAGCAAGGAUCUCGAGGCCGUAGAUCAAGAAAUUGCGCCCAUUGCCAUUAGCGUUUUGUCCUGUGCACUUAGUAUCGUUAUCACGAUCAUUGUCAUCUCGUCAAUUACGCCCCUUUUCCUCGUUGCUGGUCUCUUCAUCACCCUAGCCUUCUGGCUGGUUGGAGCGCUCUAUCUCAACACGUCUCGUGACCUCAAACGUCUCGAGUCAGUGCAACGCAGCCCCCUGUUCCAGCAGUUUGGUGAAACCUUGACAGGAAUGACGACGAUCAGAGCCUACGGGGACGAGCGACGAUUCAUCCGAGAGAACCUUUCCAAGAUCAACGCGCAAUCGCGUCCGUUCAUCUACCUUUGGGCCUGUAAUAGAUGGCUCGCGUUUAGAUGCGACAUGCUUGGUGAUCUCGUGGCCUUCUCCGCCGGUGUCUUUGUGAUCCUCAGCCUCGGCAAGAUCGACCCCGGUGCGGCUGGUAUUUCGCUCAGUUACGCUAUCUCCUUCACGGAAAACAUCCUCUGGCUCGUUCGACUGUACGCCAUGAAUGAGCAAAACAUGAACUCGGUCGAGCGCAUCAAGGAAUACCUCGAUGUCGAGCAAGAAGCCGUGGCGGUAGUGGAAGACAACCGUCCUGCCACAAGCUGGCCCAGUGAGGGCUCCGUCGAGUUCGUGAACUACACGACCAGGUACCGAGAAGAGCUGGAUCCUGUCCUUCGCAACGUCACAUUCAAGAUUGAGCCCCGUCAGAAGGUGGGUAUCGUCGGACGAACGGGCGCGGGCAAGAGCUCUCUCGCCCUCGCCAUCUUCCGCGCCCUUGAAGCAGAGACUGGUAAGAUCCUGAUUGAUGGUGUCGAUAUCGGUCUCAUGGGCCUCCAGGAUCUCCGCCAGGCCAUCACCAUCGUGCCCCAGGACCCCACGUUGUUCAUGGGCACCCUCCGCUCCAACCUCGACCCGUUCGGCAUUUUCACGGACGAAGAGAUCUUUGAGGCCCUUCGCCGCGUUCACCUCAUUGGAGAUUCCCCCAACACGCCUGCGACCAGGAGCAACCUCCUACUCCCCGACACUCCCACCAUUCUUAGGAGCGGUGCCACCACCCCCACCCUCAUCACGAACAAGAACGUCUUCCUUGACCUCUCGUCGCAAGUUACCGAGUCCGGAAACAAUCUUUCUCAAGGGCAGCGGCAGCUUCUCUGCCUUGCGCGCGCCAUGCUCCGGGCUCCCAACGUGUUGGUUAUGGAUGAGGCGACUGCCUCGAUCGACUACGCGACCGACUCAAAGAUUCAAAAGACAAUCCGUGACCUUACUAGCACCAUCAUCACAAUUGCCCACCGUCUUCAGACCAUUGUGGACUACGAUAGGGUGCUGGUUUUGGACAGGGGCGAGGUCGUCGAAUUCGGCCAUCCUUACGAUCUGAUGCAAAUCGAAAAGGGAUCUUUCAGGUCCAUGUGCGAGACCAGUGGAGAGUUUGACCUGCUUUUCAAGGCAGCCAAGAAGGCGUGGCAGGGAGCCGAACUCGUCUCCGUAGAUGAGGAUGACACGCACCAACCGUAA